CAGGAUCUAACCCCCUGAAGAGGAACAUGUAUAAUAUAACUACCUAACCUAGGUAAUAUAUAGGUAGCUAUGUAUGUAUUGUAUUGUAUUGUGCAUGGAUAGCAACCAAACUUCAACCGGCCAACCCUCACGAAACGCGACGGCGAUAACCAUCGGUGUGCUGAUUAGCGGUGUAUGCAUGUACAUACCUACCUACACAUACAUAUCUUCAGCUACCUACACUACAUGCCUACCUGUACAUGUCUACAUAUAUCCAACCUUGCCGCCGGUUUCAGAUCCAUCACGUCAAUCUUUCUUACCUACCUAACUGCCUCUACCCUCGCCUCCCUGCCCCCCCCUCCCUCAAAAGUGCCAAACGCAAGAUGUGCUUACUUACAGCAUUACCUACAGCAUCCAACCAGAUCCUACACGUGCGUGGGAUCCUGCAACCUCUUUGGUCUAUCUGGUGGCUUAUUUUUAUUUUUAAAAAUUCUUUUUUUUGUAUUUUAUACUAACCUAGGUAGCUACCUAACUACCUUUUAUAUGCCUUCCUCUGUACCAACCUGCCUACCUUACAUAUGCAUAGUGUACAUACCUACCUCACGUCUAACUCUAGUGCACCGGCCCCCCCUUACCUAGAUAUCUCGAUGCCAACGGAACCUGCGGUGAGUAUGUUUGAAGCUGAAGUCGGUUAGGUAGGCAGGUCGGUUAGGUGCCUAGUCAGACAAGCAGGCAGGUAAUGUAUGUAAUGUGACUGCAGCUACCUGCAUGGAAGCAGCCCCGGUC